AUGACGAACACAUUGGAAAAGCCCACCGGCGAGUAUCGCCAGUAUCUGCCGGAUCUCAACCUGGAGCGCUUCCAGGUGAUGUGCCAGCAGGAUGCCCACGAAUACGCGCAUGCUUUCAAGACGGGACACCAACCGCCAUGGCUACACGCAUUGUACAUGCAUUGGCUGGAGCUGUUGCAAGAGCCAUUUAAGGGCGUUACUACCGACGGAAAUGUCCGCCCGGGCUUAUUCACACUACAAGAAGAAGAUGUUCCAAUCCAGGAGAUUGUCAACGCAGCAGAGGCAGUCACGGCUCUGCUAGAUGAUAAGCAAACAGAAGCCAUCAACUACCACAUCGACUCCCCGCAAUGGCGCACAUGGUCCAACCCCGAGUUCCUGCUCGCGCACAAGGGAAUCCGACUUGACGAAGUGAAUUCGCAGACUCGCGAUGCAGUUAUGAACGUGCUGAAGACCACAUUAUCCCCAGAGGGAUAUGAAAAGGCCGUCAGCGCCAUGCGAAUCAAUCAUUUCCUCGGCGAACUGGUCAAGUCGCCCGCUGUGAUGAACGAAUUUUCCUAUAACUUCGUUCUCUUCGGCCGCCCAUCCACAACUAGACCCUGGGGCUGGUCCUUCUAUGGCCAUCAUCUGUGUCUGAACAUUUUCCUGUACAAGGGACAGAUUGUCGCGUCGCCAUGGUUCACAGGCGCAGAACCGAACGAGAUCGACGCGGGUCCACAUGCCGGCACACGAAUCAUGCAACUGGAAGAAAAGCUCGGGCUACAGCUUAUGCAGUCACUUUCGGCCGAACUUCAAUCCUCGGCGCGCGUUUUUGCGCAAAUGAAGGAUCCAGCCAUGCCCCCUGGCCGCUGGAACAAGGACGACCAGCGCCAUUUGUGCGGUGCGUACCGAGACAAUCGCGAAGUUCCUUACGAAGGAAUCUUGGCAUCUACAUUCGACUCUGCACAGAAGGCUCUCAUGUACGGAAUUCUGGAGCAAUAUCUUUUGUAUUUGCCGGCAAAGUCGCGGGCGAUGAAAAUCGACCAGGUGCGCGCCCACGAAGCGGAGACGUACUUCUGUUGGAUCGGAGGAUAUGGAGAUGAGGAUCCUUUCUACUAUAGGAUUCAAAGUCCAGUUAUCCUUGUUGAAUUUGAUCACCACUCCGGUGUGUUCUUGAACAACGAAGAGCCAAAGAAGUUCCACAUUCAUACCCUUCUGCGAACACCAAAUGGAGGUGAUUAUGGCCAGGCACUACGUCCCCUCAUCCCGGCUGUUGAGGGGUUGAACGGGAAGGAAAUUGUCUGGUAG